GCCCUCCCUGAAAUUUUCCAGGCUCCUUAUAAAUUUUCCUGCAGUUUCAACUUCACUUUUGUUUCUUUGGUUUGAUCAAAUGUUUGUUUGGUUUCUUUAAAAAAAAGUAAGCAGUGAAGAUGAAUCAGACACAGUUCCAGGAACCGGAGACGUUAGAGGAUCUGAUUAAACAACUUCAUGAGAUCUUCUCUGGCGAUAAAAUCAACGUGGAAGAAGUGCAAACGCUGAUGGAAUCUUAUAAAAGUAACCCGGCGGACUGGAGUAAAUUCGCUAAAUUCGACAAAUACAGGUAUGUCUUUGUCUGGUUACUCCGCAGCAGUAUCCAUGACCAUGCCAAUUCACAUUGCUUCCUGAAGAUACUACAAGGGCAGCUGAAAGAAACACUGUAUAAUUGGCCAGAUGGCAAUCACAAGAAUCAGGAGCUGACCAAGAAAUGGGAGAAAACCUUCCUAGAAAAUCAGUGCACCUACAUCAAUGAUACCAUUGGCCUGCACCGGGUGGAAAACGUGAGUCAUACAGAAGGUGCAGUUAGCCUUCACCUGUACAGUCCACCAUUCAACAGCUGUCAUUGUUUUGAUGAAAGAACAGGCCACAAGAACCAAGUUAACAUGACAUUCUGGAGCAGAUUUGGUGAACGAACACCUUUUGAAGCCUCAGUCUCUAAAGAAAACAACUGAACCAGAUGAUUGACCAAAGAAACCCAAGAAAUGUAAUAUCCAUUCCCACUGUGACAACAAAGACCUUGACAGAGUCUGAAGAACACUUUUUUUUUGGUGAAUUAACUUCUCAAUGAGGAUUCCUCUUCUUUAAAUGAACACUGAGACAUCAGAUUAUAUUUUUGCAUGAUUUUUAAGCAUAAAAAGAAGUUUGAAAAUCUCACUGCAUUUUACCAUUGAUCCAAGAGCUUUCUUUGCACUUUCCUUUCACAUGAGUUCUUUCUUAUUCCUCUGUCUGCUGGUUUUGAACUGCUUCCCUGAACAAGUGAAAAGAUUGUAAGUUUAAUCUGGGUGAAUUCACGAUGCUGUGUGCCAGAUGCAAACGACCAUGCAACCUCCUUUUUAUUUGCAGACCACAGGUCCUCUAGGACUCCCCACUAAACCAUCUGGAGCGAGCAGUGAUAGUUCUUAUUCCAGAUUAUAGGUUCAAUAUUAUUGUUCGAGAUAAUAAUGGUGAGUGCUCCUCCAUCUGUCAUCAGAUUCCAACCAUCCCUUUCACCAAUUCCUAAGAGAGGCUAAGAAACAAAGUACUAUGGCUAAUUCAGGGGUGUCCUUUUAUACAUUACUGUCCAAUGCUUCAUGGGCAUUCAGGUUCUCUAAAAGGGCGCUAAUCCACAAAUUACUUUCUAGACUCUGUUUUACCUUCUAAUCCAUGUGAUCAUCUUAUUGUUAACAAUUCUAUCUUGCAUCUGUCUGAAUGGUUAUAAGGAAUCAGUCAUGCUGAUAUGAUGUUUUCCUGUGUCUGAUUUCAGCAGAGUCAAUUGUCCAUUAAAAAUAAACAAACUAAAACAGUG